AUCAAUACAAAAUGUAAUUCGAGGGAACAAGAAUAAAGAGUCGAAGCUGUCGGACAUGUGACUUCUUAUGUAAACAAUAAAUUCGGAAAUUUACACUGAAGAAUCUCGAAAAAUCAUGGCUUUUCUUUGGAUUCUUUUCUUGAUCGCGCUUCUAUUCUCUACCACUGUCGAAAGUUCCCACUGUGCGGCCAAUGGAAUUCCGAUAGUCCGAAAUAUCAGUGGAAUUCCUCAAGAUAACUAUGGUAGGCAGGGUUUAUCUCACAUCACCGUUGCGGGUUCUGCAAUGCACGGUUUUCAGGAGAUUGAGGUGUGGCUUCAGACAUUUGCUCCUGGUGCUCGUACACCAAUUCAUAGACAUUCAUGUGAGGAAAUCUUUGUUGUUCUGAAGGGGAGUGGUACACUCUAUCUUGCCUCAAAUUCACACAAAAACUAUCCGGGCAGUCCUGAGGAGUUUCCGGUUUUCAAGAACAGUACAUUUUUCGUCCCUGUCAAUGAUGCUCAUCAGUUGUGGAACACGAAUGAACGGGAGGAUUUGCAAGUUCUGGUUGUUAUAUCCAGACCACCAGUGAAAGUGUUCAUAUACGAUGAUUGGAGUAUGCCACACACAGCUACCAGGUUAAAGUUCCCCUACUACUGGGAUGAAGCAUGUUAUCAAACAACUCCAAUAAAAGAUGAGCUUUGAUCUUCGUUAUACAUGUAAGCAAUGUUGUGAAAAGCUUAAGGUGGGACUGAAGGUUUUGCCUCAGCAAGGCGAGGUGGUUAUAAAGCUUGCAAUUGCUACUGUUA